CCCGAGAAACAGGGAGGUUCGAGAAUUCAUUCCCGUUAAGAGGCGGGAGGCGAUGAAGAACGCCGCCUGCUCCCCUUCCCUCCAUCGCCCAUCUACUUCUCUCCUUCUCCUAAAAUCGGAAGUAGCAAAACCCUAAAGAGGAAACAGACCAGUCCUUCCGCCACGUCUGCCUCGCGGCGGAAGAGGGAAAGCACAGCCAGAUGGUGUGCUCCCGUCAGAAUCUCGCUUCAUUGGUGGGCGCGGCCUCGAGGGUCGAGUUCGACGGAAGCAUGGAGUCCAUGUAUACGGAGCCGACGAGGGAAGCGCAACCCACGUCCCGCCCUCACCCCGACUCCCGGAUGAGCUUCGUCGAGAGGUCGUUCUCUGCCGCCGGCGCCGCUGUUCUCUCCGCCAUUCUCGUCAACCCCCUCGAUGUCGCCAAGACGAGAUUGCAGGCUCAGGCUGCCGGAGUUGCUUAUUGGCAGUAUCCGCAACAUGUCGGACAAAGAAUGGCGCCUUUGGGGCCGAACGUGAUGUUUUCAGAUAUAAGAUGUUCUCCUUCCUGUCCACGUGGUGGGGUUCUUGGUGCAGAACCAUAUUGUCCACCUGACUGUUUUCAUUAUAAGGGGACGAUGGAUGUCUUCUACAAAAUCAUCAGACAGGAGGGAUUUGCUAGGUUGUGGAGAGGAACAAAUGCAGGCCUUGCUUUGGCUAUACCAACUGUUGGAAUUUAUUUACCUUGUUAUGAUCUUUUCCGGAACUGGAUUGAGGAAUUCACUGAGAGGAACUCUCCAAGCUUGAGCCCAUAUGCCCCAUUAUUUGCAGGAUCUAUUGCCCGUUCAAUAGCAUGUAUUGCUUGCUCUCCUAUAGAGCUGGCAAGAACCCGCAUGCAGGCUUUUAGAGAGAUUCAUGCCGGAACAAAGCCUCCUGGAAUGUGGAAAACUUUGGUUGGAGUUUCAGCAUCUGUCAGAAGUCCAUCAAGCACACAGAAUGUUCAAGGUUAUCGUGUCUUGUGGACUGGGGUGGGAGCACAGCUAGCACGUGAUGUUCCAUUCUCUGCAAUCUGCUGGUCUACUCUUGAGCCUAUUAGGAAAAGGCUACUUGAACUGGUUGGGGAAGAGGCCAAUGCGGUGAGCAUUGUUGGGGCAAAUUUCUCAGCUGGCUUUGUGGCAGGCAGCCUUGCUGCUGCUGCGACAUGUCCACUUGAUGUUGCAAAAACAAGAAGACAGAUAGAGAAGGAUCCUGCCAAGGCACUGCGAAUGACCACCAGGCAAACAUUGAUUGAUAUUUGGAGAGAUGGGGGAAUCAAGGGACUAUUUACAGGUGUUGGUCCACGUGUAGGCCGCGCUGGGCCUUCAGUUGGGAUUGUGGUGUCUUUCUAUGAAGUCGUCAAGUACGUGCUACAAAAGAGGCACGAUGGAUCAUAGCGUAGUGCAGUAUGGUCAUUUUCUGCUCCACUAACGGGCUAGAUGCUUCAGCUGAUUGUGGUUACAUAGCUAAACGACAGUUACAAGCUAGUUGACAGUCCAUCAGAAACUUGGGGCGGUGGAUUGCACGCUUCAACAAUAAAGUUGAGCAGCUACAAUGAUCUUCGUUGCUCACCAAAUUUUGGAAUCAGGCCUUCUGUACAUCUUUUGGUAGACAGUCUCCUAAGCGACGUUACAUUUUUCAUGUUAUUGCAGGCCAUUUUCUGCACCGUUUCAUUCGGUAACUUGUAAUUCGUUUUCAUAUUUCUCUUUCCUGGCACUCUCUCUACCCAAGUCAUAUAUAAGUCGUAAGGUUGUGAACAAUUUGUGAAUAUGGCGGGGAGAAUUCGCUGGGAAUUAAGUUUUUCCGUUUUGUCUUGUGAUUAAAAAAGCAGAGCAAAAUGUGCUUAGAAAUCAUGGAAAGUUUUUGAAGUUGGAAUGAGGUGCUUCUUUUUGGGUUA